GCACACCGACAAUGUCGAACACUCCGGAAAAGAUUCCUCUGGAGCAGCAACAGCAGCAACCAUCCGCUAACCCAUUAUAUCCUACCCUUAACCAGGAUGCGGCCAACCCACUGCUUCCUCCACAGGCCGCACCAGCCUAUCCAGCGGCACCAGCGACUACGGGACCACCGCCGCCACCCGGUUACAUGCCGGUACCGCAGAUGAACGGCAUGCCGAUCAUGACACAGCCAGGCAUGCCGAUGCAGCCCGUACUCGGUCAGCAGCAAGUUGCUUCAUGGAUGCCUAUGCCGCAAGGAAUACCCAACUGUCCGCCUGGCUUGGAAUACCUGACAGCAGUUGAUCAGCUGCUCGUCCAUCAGCAGGUCGAGCUGCUCGAGGCGUUCACCGGCUUCGAGAUGGCGAACAAGUACACCGUGAAGAACACCUUCGGCCAGAAUGUGUACUGGGCGGUGGAGGACACUACCUGCUGCACCCGAAUGUGCUGCGGCCCGGACCGUCCGUUCGAUAUCAAGAUUCUGGACAACUAUCAGAACGAGGUGUUGCAUCUGCGCCGUGAUCUGCGCUGCAAGUCGUGCUGCUUCCCGUGCUGUCUGCAGAAGCUGGAAGUGUCGGCACCACCGGGCAACGUGAUCGGCACGGUUGUGCAGAAGUGGAGCCUGUGCCGUCCGGUGUUUGACAUACGCGAUCGCAACAACGAAACGGUGCUGACGAUCCGGGGUCCAAUUUGUCAGUGUACGCUUUGUGGUGAUGUGAAGUUUACGGUCUUUUCGAAGGAUGGUACCGAGGUCGGCAAGGUAACGAAGCAGUGGACCGGAUUCGUGCAGGAGCAUUUUACCGAUGCAGACAACUUCGGUAUCAACUUCCCGAUGGAUCUGGACGUUAGGGUGAAGGCCACCAUGCUGGGAGCACUGUUUUUGAUUGACUACAUGUACUUCGAGAGCGGCAAUAAUAAGAAAAUACGUCGCUAAAAACAUCCAUUUACUACAA